AAAAUCAGUUGCAGAAUUUUCACCGAACCGUUCGGAUGGUUCCGCGCGUGUCGACGGUCGCACUUGGCUGCGCUCUGCUUCAGAAAUUUGCUGCGGUGGUGGUUAAAGGAAAAAUAAUCCUCUAGGAAUCGAUAGUCAUUAGAUGAAAAGUUGAUCGGUAAACAGCUGUUAAGUCGCCUACAUCGGAUUAAUUUAUUUCAGAGUUUAUUGGAGGCGAUUAGUCUGCCAGCACCUGAAUGCAGAUACUGCGGAUUCUGGCUUGUCAAGUUUUCUGGCAAUAAAAGGAGCAAGUUCUCACGUGUCAAUGUGAGUACGUUUGUGUUGUGUGCAGCAGUGGUGUAUCGUUUAACGCAGCUGUAAGAAGUAGGGUUAGAAGAGUGGAAGACCGCUUUUAAGAAAAUUUCUUGCUACGCCGAAAGGCAACGCGAAACGUGACAUCCCUUGGUCAGCAGAGAGGAUGGUGCCAUCGGUGAUGAAAAUUUAAUCGUAAGUGCUAUAAAUAUCCCGGAAAGCGGCAGGUUUAUGAUUUGUGUGCUUGCUCAGCUCACUCGUGAACGCUCUACUGUCCGAGGUCCGCUGGUGUGACAACGAGUGUUUUGAUUUAUCUGAGUAUGCAAAUCGCCGCAGAUGAAAAGAAGCUCAUCUAAGUGAUUGGAAUCUAUCGGAACAUCUUGUUAACAAGUUUCAAAGAAGAUUUCUGUGCUUCAUAUUGUGUACGUCCAGAGCAGUGUCCACAAGAGCCAUUCGCCGUCCUUGGAUAACUACAGCAGCGAAGACGGAGGUGGUUUAUCAUCGACGACGCCAACUGGUCCCAUAGUGUGCCUUAUGUGGCACGAUAUGUACACACAGUUUUUGGCAACCGAAGCGUUUGAAGAUUCUCCAUACUGCAGAUAAAAGCUUGGCAUUGGCUUUGGUCGGGUAACAACAACAUAACUGAAGUCAAGUUUAGCCAGCGAACAAACAAACGGCAGUAAACGAGUGAAUGAGCAACCGGGACAGCACAGCUUGAGCAGUGCAAAUAAAACAACCGGGUGACAACCGGUCCAAAAUUGUUCCUAGAAAUCAUCAGGCAAAAGCCGUCCAACAAACUCCGCCAGCCAGCCGUCAGGUGCCACUCCACCAGUAAGAACGUUUCGAGGACAACAAUUUUACCGGUUAGCUGCAGGACCAUCCAGUCACAGUGCUGCAGUGAACGGUUUUAAUCUGUCUUGCUAACGAAAUAUGGCCCCAUGGUGAAAAGUUCCUGAAUCUGUUUGUAGGCAGCUCAAGAAGACGAAAAGCGAAAAGAGUGAAGUGAUUUAAAUUGGAUUCGCCUUUGUGCUUGUGAGUAAAAUUAUCCAACGAAAAUCGAGUGACGCGAAGUGUACCUCCCUAACCGCCCGUAUUGAUAAAGGGUUGAAAUUUAUUUAGCUAGAUAGGUUGAGUGUUAUUACGGGAAUAGAAUGAAGCAAAUCGGUUUGUGAGCUUUUUUCAGUCAAAAGUGGAAAGCAUCUGCUCCAAUAGGGGAAGUACCGCAUUGCAGCGAGCCCGGAAUACGGUACUCCAUCGCGCAAUUUAGUAUUAAUAUAGUGCAUUUGCUGAAUAUCCAAAUCGAGACACAGUCAUCGCUUGGCAAGUACCACAGUCGCCGUCAAAAUGAUCAACAAAAGCUACCUGGUAGUUCCGCUGUUGGGAUUGCUCGUCGGAUAUGCCGCUGGCCUCGAAGAGGACUGUGUGGACUUCCAGGGCAACUCGGUGGCACAUGGCCUGCUGUAUGUGCCCGGGCCGGGUGUGUGCAGUCUGUGCGUGUGUUACCACUCAGAACCACUCUGGUGCAAAGCAAUCUACUGUGAUCCACCCUAUUUUUGUAAAAAAUUCCGCGUAGGAGAACGUUGCUGUGAAUUCGAGUGUCUGGAUCCGCCCGGCGAGGACGAAAUGUACCAGGCUCGAUUACGAAAGCGUGCCGAAAUCCUAGCUGGCAACAGUGCCAACCAUCCGCUGAAGACGUCCAGUACGGGGAGCUACCUGCUUGAGAUGACCGCCCUGCUAGUGAUAGUGUCCACCAGUCUACGACAAAGGCUGCUUUUUUCGUCUUAGCUUUACCGCAAACCGUGCUGAAGUGGAACCAGGAGAAGCACGAUGGAAAACUGUGCACGUCUGCGAAAUGCUUUACCUUUCUGUUGUUAUAUCUACUUGUUGAAGCUUUACUGACUUUCGUCACAUCGAGACAUUUCUCAAUACGAAGAAAAACGGACAUGAAAUUUCAUUAACCUAAUUGAGUGUAAGUUCGAAUACACUGACAUAGCUACCGGUAACUACCAAUUAAGUCCAACAAUCAAGAACAAUGGAAAAGAUAAAUGGAGAAAAAGAAUUCAGACGGUGGGGUAAAUUAACUAAACAAGUGAAAACUGAAUAAUUUCACUAAACUGAAUGGAUAACUAGAUAGCAACAAGAAGAGAACAGUGCUAAGCUUAAGUAUGACGAAUCGAAGCGUUAUUUGUGAAGCUAACGACGGUUUGAAAAAUCGAUACACGCUGUAAUACACAGUCAAGUAAAACUACAAGAAGCUUUAUUUUUUGUAUCAAAUAAAACACGAUCAGAAGAAAAUAAUAGUAAGGAAAAGACGAUAGACUAAAAA